AUGGCCUCUCGACUUACAGAGCAACGAUUUCAAUCGAAGGAGAGAGAGUUCGACUCAAUUACGUUCGCCGGAAUCGAAAUAGACCGCACGGAGUACGGAUUCAUUAUGCACCAAACGCGAUUUGCCAACAACAUCAAACAACUACAACUUGACUGCACGUUCAAACAGUACCGCUCCAAACGGCAGGAGCUCGCCUGGCUUGUCCAUACCCGACCAGACAUUGCCGCUGAUGUCAAUGUUGCCGCGCAAGUCGAGAGACAUAUUCAUCAAGGACCCAGUCUCGGAAUUCGAACUGGACCCUACGCAAUGUCUUAA